CGGGGCGGGCCCCGCCGGAGCGCGGCCCCCGGCGCAGCGGCCCCCGGCAGGGCAUCGCCACCGGCAGCGGCCCCGCUCCCCUCCGCCUCCUCCGCCCGCUGCGAGCGCUCCGGCCGCCCCACCGGAGGCGGCGCCGGCCCCGAGCGCCCCGCGGCGCGGCUCCCUCCAAUCGCGGGCCCGGGGCGGGGCCCGGCCGUGACAUUGAGCUGCGCCCCGCGGGCCCGCAGCGCCAUGUGGGGCCGCGCCGAUAAGGCUGUUAAACUGCUGGGAAGAAAUAUUCCCUCAAUUCUGAGGAUGACCGAGGGAGUGGACCUGAAGAUAAGCAGAAGGCUGUGCAUUAAACCCCAGCAAGACCUUCAGUCAAAGCGUCGAUCUGCUUCGGGAGUGCCUGGAUACAAGCCUACACUCUGGGAGAGAAGGUUUUUGUUGUGGGCAGGCCAUUUCAAAAAGCUAGAGGAUAUUCCAGAGACUGUCUCGCUUGACACAGUGCAAGCAGCAAAGACCACCCUGCGCAUCAAGUUCAGCUAUGUCAUGAUUGCCUUGACAAUAGUGGGAUGCAUCACCAUGGUGAUCAGAGGGAAGCAGGGUAUGAAAAGACAUGAAUCUCUUACAAACAUAAACUUGGAGAAGAAAGCCCAGUGGAAAGCGGAAGCAUCUGCUAAACCAUAGAGGAGGAAAUGAAGAUAUCAAGGACUGGGGUAGACAAGCACUGACAGAAUAUCAUCACAUCUUUCCUGUUAGUUCUGUACACUCUAGGUUCAAGAAAGAAUGAAUAUGCUGUCUUGUAGUCAAUAAAACCAGAAAUACCUAU